AUGGAAGAAAGUAGUGGAACUAGGAUCUAUCUGAGUACAGAGCAUCCUUUGGAAGAAAGUAGUGGAACUAGGAUACAUCUGAGUACAGAGCAUCCUAUGGAAGAAAGUAGUGGAACUAGGAUCUAUCUGAGUACAGAGCAUCCUUUGGAAGAAAGUAGUGGAACUAGGAUACAUCUGAGUACAGAGCAUCCUAUGGAAGAAAGUAGUGGAACUAGGAUACAUCUGAGUACAGAUAAUCCUAUGGAAGAAAGUAGUGGAACUAGGAUCUAUCUGAGUACCGAGCAUCCUAUGGAAGAAAGUAGUGGAACUAGGAUCUAUCUGAGUACAGAGCAUCCAUGA